UUGUUAAUCUUAAAUUCUUUAUGGUAUCAGAGUCUGGUGAUCUCUUCCGUUUUUUAUUCGAAUUUCACCUUUCUCUUUGUGUUCUUCAACGACCAAUUUUUCCACAGCUUCGUCAUGGAGAACAAACCGAUUCCGAUAACCUAAAUGGGGAAAACUACUUUUAUUGUCGAAGGCGGCCAAAGCUACUCUUAGUAGCAAGGGAUUGUGGAAUCAUAUCACCGAUGCCGAAGGUUCUGCUCCCCCUCCACAGCUUGAGGCCGAAGGAGUGGCUCCCGCAGUCGGACAACAACCACACCCACGACUUACUGGCACUACCGAGGAGAAAGCAAAGUGGUACCAAGAUGAUCAAAUUGCCUUGGUCCUUUUGCAAGGUUCACUCGAUCAUAACGUUCUCCAAUCCUUCAUUGCUUUUGAAUCUGCGAAAGCCUUAUGGGACGCACUCAAAUCUGUUUACGGUUCAAGGCACUUAUACGGCUCUUUGGACCGAACUUGAGGAGAUCCGUCCUGCCUCUGUGGAUCUCAAGGUCGCUAUGGAACGCUCCGAGGAAGACAAGGUGUUUGGCUUGCUUCUCACUCUCGACGCAUCGUACAACAACCUGGUCUAUCAUGUCUUGCGUCAAACCAAGUUACCGACAUUCGCCGAGGUAUGUAUGCUGAUACAAAGAGAGGAGAGUGGCCGAAACUUACUUGCAGGUCCACUUGAAAUGGCGCAUCUCACUCACCGACAUUUGCCGAUCGCUUCGGCGUCAAAGGAAAAACAUCCGCCCAUGUGUGAUCAUUGCAAGAAGGCUGGACAUACUACAGAGCGAUGUUGGAUUCUCCAUCCUCAUCUUAAGCCAAAUCGGUACAAAGAUGCUUCCUCUUCUAAAGGUGCCGCGAUGAGUGCCGGCAACACCAUUUCCUUCACACAAGACGAGUUCAAACAGUUUGUUCUUUCCUUGAAAGACAAAGAAAGCGGAUACUAAGACGGACACUACGUUUGGCAAAGGCAUAAAGCAUGGCAACCUCUACUUUGUUGAAGAUUUGCAUUGUUUUUCCCAUUCUAUGUUUCAUGUUUCACAUUCGUUAUGGCAUGCUAGACUAGGGCAUCCUCAUAAGAAAGUCCUUCGACUACUUGUUCCAAACACCAAGGGUGAUGUUGAUCAUGAUUUUUGUGAGGCUUGUGUGCUUGGUAAACAUUGUCGCUCGGUUUUUCCUAUUUC